GUGUGUGUGUGUGUGUGUGUGUGUUUCCCCCCCCUUCCUUCACAACCGCCCCAUCCCCGUUUCCAAAAAGGUGGCCGGGGGAGGUGCCGGGAAAGGCGGAAGGAAAGUACUUGGCAAGCGGGCAUCCGAGCCAAAGAAGGAACAAGGCUUCCCCACGCCGGUUCAUCCAGGUCAGCACUAUGACUGAUGGGGACUAUGACUAUUUGAUCAAACUCCUGGCCCUUGGGGAUUCUGGGGUUGGAAAGACCACUUUGUUGUACAGAUACACAGACAACAAGUUCAACCCAAAGUUCAUCACGACAGUAGGCAUCGACUUUCGAGAAAAGCGUGUGGUGUACAACAGCCAGGGGUCAAGUGGUUCUUCUGGAAAAGCCUUUAAGGUCCAUCUGCAGCUAUGGGACACAGCUGGGCAAGAGAGAUUCAGAAGUCUCACCACAGCAUUUUUCAGAGAUGCCAUGGGCUUCCUGCUAAUGUUUGAUCUCACCAGUCAACAGAGCUUCUUAAAUGUCAGAAACUGGAUGAGCCAGUUGCAAGCAAAUGCUUAUUGUGAAAACCCUGACAUUGUAUUAAUUGGAAAUAAAGCUGACCUAUCAGAUCAGAGGGAGGUCAAUGAAAGACAAGCCAAAGAACUUGCAGACAAAUACAGCAUCCCAUACUUUGAAACAAGUGCAGCGUCUGGCCAAAAUGUGGAGAAAGCUGUGGAGACACUCUUGGACUUAAUAAUGAAACGAAUGGAACAGUGUGUUGACAAGUCUCAGCUCUCUGACACAGCCAAUGGUGGAAGUUCAGGAAAACUGAUGUCACCUAAAUCUGAUGAGAAGAAAUGUGCUUGUUGACUUGGCCAUUCAGGUUGAAGAAAAGGAAUGAGAAAUCGGAAAGCAACAGAAUGACCAAAUACUAAAUUCAACCUGGAACUCCAUGGACCAAAUGAGACUACUGUUGUUGUCUUAAGCAAACCUGAUUUUUUUUUUCAAUGCUGAGAAAUCAUGCUUCUGCAUCCUAACAGGUGUAAACCAUCUUCAUAGAAAAUCCAGAGGCUCUUUUCUUCUUCAUACAAUAGGCGAGUAAAUACAGAAAAAUAUCUGCUUUGGGGACAGGAUCAUUGAAAUGUUAGGACACACCUUUACAAUAAAACAAGGGGUUGUCUUCGUUGGCCUGAGCCAUCAUUUCUCAUAUCUCUUUGCCUUCUGUUGUGACCUACAUUGUAUGUUUGCUAAACAGGUGAUGAAAAAACACCCCAAAGAAUAUAUUGUGUGGUUCAUUGUAAACAUCUUUAUGGUUUUGAAUACCAAAAAGUUAAUUGUUGUUUUAUUCAGUUGGAUAUUCUCAUAAGGUAAGAUCUGAUUAAAAUGGCCAUAUAGUCAUUAGGUGGCAUUAUACGUAGGUGGACUGUAGAAAAAUGUCCAUACAAUAUAGUACAGUGUUGGAAAAGAUAUAAACCACAAGGUUUGCUCAAAGCUGAAAAGUACAAUGUGCCUUGAAAUACUUGACCAAGUAUUUCAUUGGUGGCUCUGAGAGUGAUAUUCUAAUGAAAUCCCCUUUCAUUGAGAGGUCGUAUGUAUUUAUUAAGUUCUAUAUAGAUACAGUUAACAUUUCUAAUUAGUUCUAAUGUUCUUAUUAACACAUACUUUAUAUGUACACAGAAGUUUUAUUUUUGCUUUUACUUUACCAGCAAAGCACUUCCUAAACAUGAAGCUAUGUUCAACGUUGAUCUGGAAUAUUAGCUGUCAAAAGCAAAGACUUGAUUAACUAUAUAACGCCUUUCUGUUACUUCCACCAUUUAAAAUGAGAAAAGCAGGCAGGGCCAGGAACAAAAAAAAAGGAAGUCCCAAUAAUAAUUUUGUCACAGUAGAAAUACCGUUAAAUGAAGGAUAUGUACACUUUAGAGGCAAGCAUGAUAGGAUGAUGGUGGGAUGAUGAUGAUGAUGAACCAAAUGCAGCUUUUAAAAGAAAAAAAACAGACAUUGUCUUUCUACUAUGCACCAUUUUUCUGUGAUGCCAUUUCGGGUUUAAAAGGUCUACUUUUGCAGUUCAGCCAUUCCAAAAUUGUCUGCAACUCCCCUCCACCAUUUUUUAAGUUAAAGAGUUCAUUUCACGAGGUUCUUCAUGUUACCAACCGAAAGCAAAAGAGUUGUUUCUAAUAUUAAUCACAAUGCUCUUCAUCAGUCUCUCAGUAAUUAAAAUACAUAUUUCUGUUUGCAAAAUGUGAGCACAUUUCCCAAAAGGAGAAAUAAUGUAGAGGAAUAUAUUUGUGGUGAUACCUUAAUUUUCAUUUUUUUAAUCCAAUAUUGUGAUACCUUCAGUACACUUUUAAAUGUUUACCGCUUUUUGUAAUCUGUAGAACUCAUUUUCAGAAAUGGGAAAUUACAAAAUCCCAAAGGUGUCUUCACUUUUUGCUAGUGUUAAUUGCUCAGCACUUAUAUUGGGAAAUACUAAUGUUUUUGUCUAUGAAAUCUGGAGUGUAUUUGCUUGAGUUCAGAAUGCUUUGCUUGAAAUCAAGGGCUGGGGGAAUACACUUAACUAGUGUUUCUCAACCUUGGCAACUUUUAUGAUGUGUGAACUUCAACUCCCAAAAUUCCCCAAUAAGCAUACUGGCUGAGGAAUUCUAGGCGUUGGAAGUCCAUCUGUCUUAAAAAUUGCCAAGAUUGAGAAAAAAUGCACUUAACUAAGUAUAAAAAAAUAAGAGAUUCUUUAUGCAUUAGCGUGUAUCUUUUUUUUUAUAUGGCCCUACACUGUGAGGAAUAUUUCAUCUCUUUUUCCUACAAUUCUGCCAUUUUAUAACAAAGAUAUUUUAGCUUUCCAAUGGAAGAAGAGAACAAUACAUCCUUAAUAUUUCCCAGCUGUUAAUACCUACUCAGUGCUUUCCAUUGCAUAACAGUAAACAGGAUUGUCUGUUGCAAAAUUUGGGCAUAUGGCUGACCUAGUGAAGAAUCUCAGCUGACUUGUUGAAAGCUGCCAUUCAGAACUUUUCUUACAUUUAGUUCAACAGUUUUAGAUCUUCUGGCUUUGUAAAUCUGAUCUGGAGGCACGAAUAUAUUCCAGUUGUAUUCCAAUCUCUCACACUACCUUACAUAUAUUUUGUUAUUUACUACCUUGGAGUAGCAACUUAAGAACUCAAAGCUACUCCUAAGGCACAAUUAUCGUUGGGCAUCAACGAUAAUUGCAAUCACGUGCUGGGUUAUCUAUUAGCAUUCCUACAAGAUCUGCCCAUGCUUCUGUCUCGGCGUAAUACCCACGAGUGAAUGUUUUAUGCAUGCAUGUUAAAACUUUUGAUAUUGUGUACACAGAAUAUUCCCUGGCAUUAAGUAAGGCCAAAUAGCUGUUGGUUUUGUAGCUGUCAUUAUGCACACCUGAACUCCUGCAUGCAUAAAAUGUAAAUGUUUAUAGGGAACAUUUAUGAGCACAAUGUUGAAUCCACAAGAACAUGUUGACUUCCCAGAUCGGCAUUAUAUCAUCUCAUUUAAUAGCCUUUGGAAUUGGCUUGAUGCAACUAAAAACUUGCCAAGAUGGCAAUACUGGAAUCCAUCUUGCAUUUUCAAUAUAAACCCAAAAUAAGUUCCUUAUCACAUCCUUCAUUAUCUUUCUUUCCUUCAUUAUCUUUCUUUUAUGGCCCUAUUUCAUCAAGGAGAUCAGGAGAUAUAUAUAUAUAGUAUAUUGAUACCAAAUAUAUUGGUGUAGGUUAUGUUGCAUAUUGUAGUUCAUAACUGGCACCUCAUCAAAGUAAUCCUACAUAUAAUUGAGUAUUGAGGAAUAAUUGUAAUGACAACACGUUAUGCUACUUUUUCCAGUCUUCCUUUUGACUCCUUUCGAGACAUGGUAUGAAAUUCCCUCUUCUGACUUGGUUUCAUGAAUAUCUGAAUCAAAAUAUUGGAUGUAUGUAUGAUUAAUAUACCCAUAGCUGUUCACUGCUUAUACCCUGUAGUCCAAAAGUAUUCAGAUGUAAUGAGCCAAGUUCUCAAGUGCUUCUGUUGUGCCUUUGAUCAUCCACAAAGCACACUGAGUCAACAAUUAUUUUCAUAAACCAUAUAUAAUUGUUGAGGGGAAAAAAUCGAGAUAACUGUUAGUUCCAUGUAAUCAUUUUUGCCUGUCUUUAUCGACAACCAUUGGCAUUACAUUACAGCAGCUCAUACUGCACACAGCUUGAUUUCUAUGACAGGAUCUAUGUUUGCUUCAUUAACGUCUCUGAGGAGCAAACUUGUCCGAUGAAAUGCACACGAUGUCCCUAAUAAUUACUGUCCAUGGGAUAAAUCAAUAUAUAUUUAAGAGAAGGUUGUCCUGUCACUGAAAAUACAUUUCUGUACUUGCCCAGCAGCCUCUUAACAAAAGUCUUCUCUACCAAGAUUUACGUCGUGUCCAAACAAGCCAUUUAGCUCCUGUUUUGUUACGAAAAUCCACCUUCCCCAAUACAGUUAAGUGUUCUGUAGUCUGGUAUUACACUGAAACUGUUCAGCCUUGUUGGUUUCUUCCUCCAGUCCAACUGAGGCAGAAUUGGAUAGUGUCCCUCAAGGUCAAUUUCCUAGAUCUGCCCUUGAAGUUCAAGGUUAGAAAUCAGGAGGAGUUUGGCUACCAUAGAUUAACAUGGCUCUCCCCCGACAACAUCCUCAAAAGUUGGAAGGAAUUCUGCCAUGUUUUCCUUUCUCUAAAAUAAAUGCUUGAUAGCAGCUCUUCUAAAGGCCAAACUAAACGUAUCCCUAAUCACGUGGUUAUGGCUGAUACAAAGGGGAUUAAUAGGGGGAAAGAAAAGUUAUCACAAACGGAAGCACCAUUGCAAUCACAUUCUCAGAAGGGGUGAAGUUGUGCAGUCUGUCUUAUGCUGUCUGUUGUUAAAUAUUCAGGUGUUCUUAACUAUAGCUCUCCUCAACUCAGACCAUUUAGCACAGGGCUGGCUCUCCAAUCUUGGCCAUUUUAAGACUUGUGGACUUCAGGUCCACAAGUCGUAAAGGUGCCAAGCUUGGAGAUCUCUGAUUUAGCACAAAGUCUUUUAUGAGAUAUUUCUUAAGAAACAUGGACCCGUCUUCUUCUUACACUUACAAAGACCCUGCCUGAAGCUCUGCUAAACUUGAUUCCACACCAACUUUUAAAUCAAGAAGCUUCUCGAAUCUUAAACUAACUGCCUUCUCUCUAUCCUGCAGUGGGAUUUUCAGUGUAUAUAACUGUAUAAUUCAAGGUACUUUUAUGUAUUUCUCACAAAUAUAUUUAUUGAAAUUGUUCUUUUCAGAUUUUGAUUCAACACUAAGAGCCUCCUGAACCAUCAGUUGCUUUUCACCCCCUUUGGCUUUUUUUUUUGCUUUUAGUGUGCCCUUAACUUAGAUAACUCUGAGCAUGUUUUCUGUUAAUCUUUGAGACGGUUCUGUAGAAAUUAAAGAUUUACAUUCUUUGGGCUAAGUGUUUGAAUUAUCUCUCUCUGGAUGGACUGCACUGCCAGCCUAGCAGCACCAGUCAUUAACCGUGUUGUAUUACUACUACUAUGCUGUGGCUUUUCAGUGAUAUAUAAAUAUGUAUUUAUAUGUGUGCACGUGUGCGUGAGUACACACAUAUACGUACAUACUAUCAGACUGUAUCCAUUGGUGUCUGGGUUUGUACAAUAUGGCUAAGGAAUGUAAUUCUGUAGUUUUGUUUCUGCACUGUUCUUUUGAAAUUAAAAACUAUUCAUUUUUAAAGCA